GCCGUAGUCUCAAGCACGGUGGAUGGCGAAGCGGAAAAAAACAUUGAUUAAUUAAGUCAGCGAAAUGGCUAAUGAGAGGUUGCGAGCGCUUGAAGACGUAGAAAAGGAGAUCGCAGUUGUGCUGCAGUGUGCAGGCAACAUUGUUCUGGAGCUGUCGAAGGAGAAGCACAACGCUAGCUUUUUAGAUCGCCAACUCAACCAAUUCACCAGCUCUAUCAACAGAGUGGAGAGUGAACUCAGCUCUCAGAUCCGCUACCUCACACAGGUUGCAACAGGUCAGCCUCACGAAGGCUCAACAUACUCGGCACGAAAGGACUGUCAGAUGGCCCUGAACCGUGCUGACUACGCCCGUGUCAAACUGGGAGAACUGGCAAGGACCUGCGAGAUCAUGUUGGAUCCACAGACAUGAACUGUAGGUGUUAAAAUUGCGUUUAUUCUGCAGGAACAUCAAAAUCUUACGGAAAACUUAACUAAAUGAGCAGAGGAAAUGUGCUCACUUCUAUAGGACACGUUUACCCGAGUAUGGCUCUGUCUGUGACGUCAUGCUCACUGGAAAUGGCAAAUCAAGCCACUGGGAGAUCAGACCGCCUGUGUUUUUAUAUUUGUAUGAAUGUGUUUGUCCCUGCAUAUGAGAACAAGAUGUGACAAAGAAUCUGCCAGUUGUGUUUUGCAGUUUUAUCAAAUCCUCAUUUAUAUUCCACUAACAUUUAAC